UUCCGGCAUAUGACUUUCCCCGGGAAGGAGAAUUGGCGCGGAUUGUGCUGUUGUGUUGAUCCUCCGCCUCGAGCAGCUGUCAAUACGCGAUCGUUGGCGGCAUAAAGUUUAAGUUAUGGCUCCGGUGUCAAACCCAGAGAAAGACAUGGACACUGCGGACGGCGAUGACGGAGGUGAUGCGUGUGGUCUGGCCAAGUCUCGCUCCAGACGGGAGAAGAGGGAGAAGGUGGGGAGGAAGUCUGCGCUGGAGCAGCUUAAGAAAGCCAAGAUGGGUCAGAAGAUCAAAUAUGAAGUAGAAGACUUCAGCAGUGUUUAUGAGGAGGUGGAUGAGGAGCAGUACUCGAAGAUGGUUCGGGAGAGGCAGGAAGAUGACUGGAUCAUCGAUGAUGAUGGAACCGGUUACGUGGAGGAUGGAAGAGAAAUCUUUGAUGAUGAUUUGGAUGAAGAUGUAUUAGAAAAUGCAGGAAAAGGAGGUGCAAAGGGAACAGGCUCAAAGAAAGCAGUAAAGAAAGCUGCUGUGUCCAAGCCCAACACCAUUAAGAGCCUCUUUAUGAACAGUAACGUCAAGAGGCCCGCUGAGAAAGAUGUGGACCUGUCGAAGGACGACUUAUUAGGGGACAUCUUGCAGGACCUGCACUCAGAGAAACCUGCUCUCCUGACCCCUCCGCCGGUGGUUACUUUAAAGAAGAAGAAGUCUGUUGGAUCACCCAUGAAUCCCUUUUCCAUCAAACCUCAGAUUCCAAAGGAGUCACCCUCAACUACAGGAUUAAAACCCAGAGUUAUCAAACCCCCGCCUUUGGACACCACUCCCAGGCCAUCAACCUGCCCUCCUCCCUCCACACCUGUUUUAUCUGCGGACAAGAAGAAGGUUACAGUGGAGGAGCCACAUGAAGAGGAGGAAAAUGUUGCUCUGGUGUGUGAUGAUGUGGACUUUGAUGAGCCAAUGGAGGUUGGACAUGAGGAGGAGAAGCCAGCACUAACAGAGCAUGUUGAGCCUGAACCUAAGGCAGUAGUUAAAGUGGAGCCCAAAGCAGCGCUACUGAAUCCUCUCCUCUUGUCGAGCUCCUGGGGUCAAGAGGAGGAGAGUGGGGUCAUUGAGGCUCCAGCAGAGGUGCAGGUGGACUCCAGCAAACUCCCACUGGUGGAGAGGGCAGAUGGGGAGCAGGUUUUUAGAUUUUAUUGGUUGGAUGCCUUUGAAGAGCCCUAUACCCAGCCAGGUGUUGUGUACCUGUUUGGGAAAGUGUGGAUUGAGUCUGCAGAGUCUCAUGUCAGCUGCUGUGUUACCAUCAAGAACAUAGAGAGAACCUUGUAUUUCCUGCCACGUGAAUAUAAAGUCAACCCCAAGACUGGGGAGGUGACAGACACACCUGUAGCAAUGAUGGACAUCUACCAAGAGUUCAGUGAGCUCUCUGACAAAUUCAAGAUUAUGAAGUUUAAGUCCAAGAAAGUAGAGAAGAACUAUGCUUUUGAAGUUCCAGACGUUCCCUCUCAGUGUGACUAUCUGGAAGUCAGAUAUUCUGCCGAGUUCCCUGCGCUGCCUGCUGAUCUUAAAGGGGCGACCUUCUCUCACAUUUUUGGAACCAACACUUCGAGUCUGGAACAUUUUCUCCUUACCAGGAAUAUUAAAGGGCCGUGCUGGUUGGACAUCCAGACACCACAGUUAAUCAGCCAACCUGUCAGCUGGUGUAAAGUGGAGGCUCUGGCCCUGAGAAGUGACAUGGUCUCUGUGGUUAAAGAUCUCCCACCUCCACCUGUUACUGUCAUGUCUAUCAGCCUCAAGACUGUCCAAAACCCCAAAACCCACCACAACGAGAUUGUGUCCUUGGCUGGACUUGUCCACUACCAGUUCCAUAUGGACAAAGCUCCACCUAAACCUCCAUACCAGAACCACUUCUGUGUGGUCAGUAAACCAACUGACUGUAUCUUCCCGUAUGACUUUAACGAGGCUGUGAGGAAGAAGAAUGGAAAGGUGGAGAUCGUCACUACAGAGCGGACUCUGCUCGGUUUCUUCUUGGCCAAGAUGCAUAAGAUUGACCCUGAUGUGUUAGUGGGACAUGACAUCUUUGGCUUUGACCUGGAAGUGCUUCUGCAGCGUAUCAGUGUGUGCAAGGUUCCGCACUGGUCUAAGAUCGGGCGCCUCAGGAGGGCCGUCAUGCCCAAGUUAGGGGGCCGCGGAAUGUUUGCAGAGAAGAGUGCAACCUGUGGCCGCCUGGUGUGUGAUGUGGAGAUCUCGGCCAAAGAGCUGAUUCGCUGCAAAAGUUACCAUCUGACUGAACUGGUUGCACAGGUGCUGAAGACGGAGCGGGUCAGCGUUCCCCAGGCUGAUGUCAAAAAUCUGUACAGUGACUCUCCUCACCUCCUCUACCUGCUGGAGUUGACAUGGACAGAUGCAAAGCUCAUCCUCCAGAUAAUGUGUGAGCUCAAUGUGCUGCCUCUGGCCCUGCAGAUCACCAACAUUGCAGGCAAUGUCAUGUCUCGUACUCUGAUGGGCGGCCGUUCUGAGAGGAACGAGUUCCUGUUGCUUCAUGCCUUCCAUGACAAAAACUAUAUUGUCCCUGACAAACCCUCCUUUAAAAAGGCGCAGAUGGAGAUGGUUGAAGGAGAAGAUGAUGUGGAUGCUGGAAAAGGCAAGCGGAAGAAGAAGGCAGCUUAUGCUGGAGGUCUAGUGUUGGAUCCCAAAGUUGGUUUUUAUGAUAAGUUCAUCCUGCUACUGGACUUCAACAGCUUGUAUCCUUCAAUCAUUCAAGAGUUCAACAUCUGCUUCACCACUGUGCAGAGGGAAGCUCACACCACACAGAAGAACAAGGAGGAUGAGACAGAUGCGAUUCCAGAGAUUCCAGAUUCCAACCUGGAAAUGGGAAUCCUGCCAAAGGAAAUUAAGAAGCUGGUUGAGCGACGUCGACAAGUCAAGCAGCUGAUGAAACAGCAAGACAACAACCCCGAUUUGUACCUGCAGUAUGACAUUCGUCAGAAGGCCCUGAAGCUGACUGCUAACAGUAUGUACGGCUGCCUGGGAUUCAGCUACAGUCGCUUCUAUGCCAAGCCGCUCGCUGCUCUCGUUACACACAAGGGCAGAGAGAUUCUGAUGCACACCAAAGACAUGGUUCAGAAGAUGAACUUAGACGUUAUCUAUGGAGACACUGACUCCAUUAUGAUUAACACAAACAGCAAGUCGCUGGAGGAAGUGUUCAAGCUUGGCAAUAAGGUGAAGGCAGAAAUCAAUAAGCUCUACAAGCUGCUGGAGAUCGACAUUGACGGCGUGUUUAAGUCGCUUUUGCUGCUGAAGAAGAAGAAAUAUGCUGCUCUGGUGGUCGAGAACCACGGUGAAGGGCGAUACAGCGUCAAGCAGGAGCUCAAAGGCUUGGAUAUUGUCCGCAGGGAUUGGUGUGACCUGGCCAAGGAGUGUGGCAACUAUGUGAUCAGUCAGAUCUUGUCGGACCAGAGUCGUGAUGUAAUUGUGGAGAACAUCCAGAAACACCUGGUGGAGGUGGGAGAGAAGGUAGCGAGUGGAAACAUCCCACUCAAUCAGUAUGAAAUACACAAGGCACUGACUAAGGAUCCUCAGGACUACCCAGAUAAGAAGACUCUCCCUCAUGUCCAUGUGGCUUUAUGGAUCAACUCCCAGGGGGGUCGUCGCAUCAAAGCUGGAGACACAAUCGCCUAUAUCAUCUGCAAGGACGGCUCGUCUCUGGCGGCCAGUCAGAGAGCCUACACCUUGGAGCAGCUCCAGAAGCAGGAGGGUCUCAGUCUGGAUACGCAGUACUACCUGGCCCAGCAGGUCCACCCUGUGGUGUCUCGCAUAUGUGACCCCAUCGAGGGCAUUGACGGCGUGCUCAUAGCCACGUGGCUGGGUCUGGAUCCCAGUCAGUUUCGAGCUCAGCAGCAGUACCAGAGGGAGGAGGAGUCUGAUGCUGCGUUCGGCGCACCGGUCCAGCUGACUGAUGAGGAGCGCUACAAAGACUGUGAGAGGUUCACCUUCACCUGCCCUCAGUGUGGCACUGAGAACGUCUACGACAGCGUCUUCGAAGGAGCUGGGACAAAGUUGGAGGCCAGCCUAAUGCGAUGCUGUCACGUCCCCUGCCGAAGCAGCCCCAUCGACUACGCGGUCAACUUAAGCAACAAACUGCUCCUUGACAUCCGCCGCCACGUCAAGAAAUACUACUCUGGCUGGCUGGUGUGUGAGGACCAGACCUGUCAGAACAGGACCAGACGUCUGCCCAUCGCCUUCUCCAGACACGGACCCAUCUGCCCCGCCUGCAGCCGGGCCACUCUCCGGCCUGAGUACUCUGAAAAGGCCCUGUACAACCAGCUGUGCUUCUACAGGUUCAUCUUUGACUGGGACUAUGCAGUCGCCAAACUACAACUGAAUGAAACAGAGAGAAAAAAAGUUGCCCAGCUGAGCGAAGAAAAGGAGGUGUAUCGGAAACUGAAGGGCGUGCCGGACAAAGCCUUGGCCACCAGCGGCUACUCGGAGAUUAACCUGGCCAAACUCUUCCAGGCCUUCUCCAGCCUCAAGUAAAACAACACAGACACCACCACCACCAGGAGACUUAAGCAUCUGACUUGUGUUUGGACUCAGUAUAGCAAACUUUGCUGUUUUGACCUCUUACCUCCACAUUGACUUUCUUCUUUUGCCCCUUAUGUACGGCUAAAUAACCAAUCACACCUCUGUCCUGCUUCAGUUUCUCCAUAUAGACUGCACACACAUCCAGCUUGACCCCGUCACCCUGACUGUAUGGUAAAGGGGAGCAGCAAUCAUACCUAAAUGGCCGUCUAUUGUGUAUGUGUCUAGGAGCUAGCUGUGCCUCGAUGGGUGUGUGCAUGAGUCAGUGUAUGUGUAAAAAUGACUUAUCCUAAGAACAGCCAGUAUUCUCCAAAAGCCUCUAAUUAGCCAAUGAUAGUCACCCUGGCCCCUAAGACCACUGGAUGCCUGCAGUGAUCGGACACUUGUUCUGAUUACCACCAUUCAUCCUGAAUGUGUGUGUGCGCUCGUAUGUGUGUCAGAUGAAAGUAAGGACAAUGCGGGGACAGAUUUAGUAUCUGUACUGAACAGCUGAUCUGCCUUUCCUCCACAGCCUUGGUUUAACUGAGGUCAUUUGAGCCUUUUUACUAGCUGCUGCUCAGCCUCCCCUCCUUCCUCUGAGGCAGAUUGUUUUAAUUUGUUGGUAAUUUACUAUGUUUCGAUCUCUUACUGCUUAGGAGGGUUUCUGUAAUGACUACAAUGUUUCAUGUUGGGUGUUUUUUGAUAUUCAUAAUAUUUUUUGAUAAUGAAACCUCAAUAAAAUGCUAAUUAAAUAGGA